AUGGCAAAUAGCGAAGAGGAUCUCGACAUUCGGAGCUCGAGGCUACGCCUAGCUGAGCCAUCCAUCUCAACCCUCUCAGACCGAUCAGCACCCUUGCCGACAUCGUCAACGAUCAAGUCAGUGACGGUCGAAUUAGAUGGAAUAGGAACUUCAUGGCGCGACCAUAUCAAUAUCGGCGACGUCUCCCCCUCGGCCAUUUUUCUGGCCGCAUGGGCGAUGAUACUCCGCGCAUAUACAGACUCGGACAGCGUCUAUUUUGGACACGCAUUCACGACGCAGCAGAGGCCCACGAACGGCCACAAUGUGCUCCUCGGACCGCAGGUCAAUCUGCUGCCUUGUUCUUUGGUGCUCGAAGGAGGGGCCACCAUUCUGGAGACAGUUCGAGAGGCGCAGCAAGACUUGAACAGAGGACAGACAAAUCAAGGCGUCACCAUGGACGAGAUGCGCAGCCACAUCGGCAUGGAAAAUAAUGGCUUAUCCAACACUUGUAUGCUGUUCUCGGCUGGUUCAGAAACUUUUCCCAACUUGGGAUCUGGUGUCCUCGCCCAAGAUAUUGCUGACAUGGGCGUCUUCCCACAGCAUGACAUUGUCAUUCACGUAUCGUCUUCGAAGCAGCUCGUCUUGCUAUACCAGAGCCAUUGUUUAUCGAAUGACCUGGCUAUCCACAUUGCUGGCGCUCUGAAAGCGGCACUCGCGUCCAUCAUCAAUUCGCCACAUCUGACCAUUGCAGAAGUUGAACUUUUCAGCAAAGUCGAUGAAAAGAAACUAUUGCAGUGGAAUAGAACAGCCCCCGUUGCAUUAGAAUCGUGCCUCCACGACCUGAUCAAUGAGCAGUGUGACUUACAUCCCGAUUCGACUGCCGUUGUUGCCUGGGACGGGUCCCUUACAUAUGGCCAGCUCGAUUGUCUGUCGAAUACUGUCGCCAAAGAGCUUCGCCUCGCUGGUGUAGGACCAGAUGUUUUUGUGGCAGUCUGCGCCGAGAGAUGCAAGUGGAUUCCAGUUGCUAUGCUAGGAAUCAUAAAAGCAGGAGGUGCCUUUUGUGCUCUCGAUCCCUCACAUCCCCCCGGUCGCUUGAGGGAUAUGUGCAAGGCGCUGCGGUCAACGGUGGUGAUAACAACGGUAAGCGAUGCCAACAAAGCAGGCCAACUGGGCUUGACUGCUAUCGUCGUUGAUGAUGAGUCUACGAUGGCACCCGGGCCCGCGAAGCGCAGCCUGGGGCAACUUUCACCGUCCAACACGCGGCCGAGCAAUGCACUCUACUCAGUCUUCACGUCAGGGUCUUCGGGGAGCCCAAAGGGGCUGGUCAUGGAGCAUGGUUCAUUCGCCUCGACUGUGUUGGCCUGCUUAAAGCCUCUGGAUAUUCGGCCGGACGAUCGCAUACUUCAUUUCGCCUCCUACGCUUUUGAUCUCAGUGUUUUCGAAGUGCUCACAGCACUGGUAUCCGGAGCGUCUGUGGCUAUUCCGUCAGAGAUGGCGCGUAUGGAAUGUCUGCCGCGAGCCGCGACAGAACUCCAAGCGACGUGGACGUUUCUCACACCAACGGUCGCUCGGAUGUAUAGGCCUGCUGACUUUCCUACGCUGCGGACAGUAUCGCUUGGGGGCGAGCUUCUACAGAGAUCGGAUAUCGAACUCUGGAGGUCGAAGAAUCUCAUCACUGGCUACAAUCCUGCUGAAUGCUGUCCACUUGGCAUUUCCGGCCCAGCUCAGCUCUCCGAGGCGAACUUCCUGGGUUGGCCAUUCGCGUCACAUGCGACUUGGGUCGUGGACAGUCGAGAUUUUCAAAAGCUCGUGCCUGUAGGCGCCAUAGGCGAGCUCGUCAUCGAGGGACCGGCCGUUGCGAGGAGCUAUCUCCACGACCCCGAAAACGCGGAUCCCGACUCGCCCUUCAUCCUCUCCCCUCCGCGGUGGUUGUCUCGUUUCCGCGGCAAGGCAUCGUCGAAUACCCGUCUGUAUCGAACAGGUGACUUGGUACGUUACGGUUGCAACGGCGCUCUGCACUAUAUCGGGCGGAAAGACUUCCAGAUCAAGAUUCGGGGGCAGAGAGUCGAACUUGGGGAAAUCGAGUCUCAGCUACGUGCUGCUUUGUCUCCGGGAAAUCAUCACGCGGCUGUUGAAGCAGUGAAGCGUGAUGGGUGUACCACGUUGAUCGCGUUUCUCUCCGUGGAUACAUCAAAUCCGGUGGCACAUCAGGAUCCGGCGCCAACUGCACGUUUGCAAGACGUCACACCGGAGUUGGACACCUACAUAGAAGGUGUGAUCUCGAGGCUCCGGGGUAUUCUGCCUUCCACCAUGAUUCCGGCAACUUUCUUGCCCGUGACAUACAUACCCGUGUCGAAAAGUGGAAAGACGGAUCGAAAACAGUUGAGAGCCUUGGCCUCGUCAUUGUCUCAGGAUGAACUGUUUCGUCCGCGUGCCGGGCUGCCAAGGACCAAUUUGCCAGAAACAGAUGACGAGCGCCGCUUGCAAGCCCUGUUCGCGCGUGUACUAGGAAUAUCGCCCGACAGGGUCGGUGCUGAUAGCGAUUUCUUCCGCUUGGGCGGCGAUUCCGUACAAGCCAUGAAGCUGCUAGCUUUGGUCUCCGAGGAAGAGCUCUUUGAUCUUACAUACGGCGACAUUUUUCUGCACCCAAGACUGAGAGACAUGGUCAGCGUAUCGAGGUCCAGGUCCAGUUUUACGGCGAGCGACAAAGAGUCGGUUUCGACAGACUCUAGUCUGCCUCCGUUUUGCCUUGUCAGAGACGAAGAUUCACUCAUGAGAACCGCAAGCGAUCAGUGUGGUGUAAGCACAAAGGACAUUGAGGACAUUUACCCCUGUACCCCUACCCAAGCAAGUCUCAUGGCCAUGGCUGGCAUGGCUGAAGAUCCGUGUGUCUCGGUUCAAUCGUUCAGAUUGAUAGAUGGCGUUGAUAGCGCCCGCGUGAAGGAGGCAUGGAGCAUCGCCGCCAAAGGCCAUCCCAUCCUUCGGACACGCAUUGUUCAGAGCAAGACUGGAUCUUUCUUUCAGGUCGUCGUGAGAGGAAGUAUCUGCUGGACAGAUGACACGGGCAGAGAUGGCUCAAGUCGACGAUUUCGCCCAUCCUUCGACCUGGGCAGCCCAUUGGUCCAGCUAUGUGUUGUGAAAGGCCGGCUACUCGUUGCCUUGCAUCAUUCACUUUACGACACUUGUUCACUGUCUCGGCUGCUGGAUCAAGUUGAUGAAGCCUAUUGCCAGCUCUCAGUCUGCCAGCUGCCUCCGAUGAAUCGUUAUGUGAAGCAUAUAGCAGAGUCGCUCGAUGCUGCCGCCUCGUUUUGGAAAGCUGAGCUGGAAGAUGCAGAGCCUACGCAUUUUCCCCAGCCACCAUCGAAACAUGUCGACAGGGGCACAUUCACGCCAAGAACAAAUCCAAUCAACGCGAGAAUUCCAACUGAUGCAACCCGCAAGAGCAACGUGGAAUCUCAGCUACAGCUGGCCUGGGCCAUGACUUGUUAUAGUUUUACCAAGAAUCAAGACGUCAUCUUUGGAGUUAUUUCUGACGGGCGUAAGACUCGCGUUGAAGGCGUGGACAAGAUGCUCGGUCCUACUUGUGCCGUGACCCCUCUUCGAGUUCUCAUCGACCCAGCUCAGGAGGUAACGGAGGCUCUGGAAGAGCUAGAGUAUCGUGCUGAGGAACAGGCAAUGUACACACACUUUGGCUUGUCCCGAAUCAGUCAACUGGGUCAAAACGCCGCAGCAGCUUGCCAGUUCCAGACGUUGCUCAUCGUUCAACCCGAUCAUUCAGAGAUCCAGGGAGCCUGGUUUUGUGAGCACGAGGUGCUCUACGAUUCUAUAGAGCCCAGGCAGCAUUCCUUGACGUUGAAAUGUCUAUCCAAGCCUGGUUUCAUCGACAUGACGGCUCUUUUUCACCGGUCAAUGUUGCCCGACACUCAGAUGCAACAGAUUUUGUUGCGGUUCCGACACAUUUUCGCACAGAUUCACGACUCUAGUGCCCGGUCCUCCUUCACCUUGAAGGAUAUCGAUGUGGAGAUUCCUAAAAAAACAAGAGAUGCUGGCGACUCGAACUUGAACCGGAAACACGUUGGUGGUGACUACGUAGCUGUCAAUUUGCUGUCUAGCAGAGACAUUUUGUUCUACAACUCGACGCCUGACAGCCAAGCUCAUCACACGCAACAUAUGGUCGAUAACGCCUUGGAGGAAGCAGCGCUAGUUCAAAGCCAAAUCUCGUCGGGUAGGACCAACAGAGGGCGUGGAAACCAGCAAUUGAGUCAGGCGUCAGGAGUAGUGAACCUCGUGGCGGAGAUUGAUGGAUACGACCAUAUCGUCGCUAGUACACAGCAACAGAGAGUCCCCGACCCAGAAACAGGUUCACAAGGCGUCAAGCCACUUACUGUAUUUUUAACCGGCGCCAACGGGUUCAUCGGAACGGAGCUUCUUCGCCAGUUACUAGAGAGCAAGAAGAUCCGCCGCGUGAUUGCCCUGGUGCGAGGCAGCUCGACGCAGGAGGUCAGCAGACGCACAAUCGAUUCAGCAAAGAGGGCGUUGUGGUGGACUGACGACCACGCCGCCAAGCUUGACGUGUGGCCUGGUGAUCUGUCGUUGCCGCACCUAGGCCUUGAUCAAACGCACUGGAACAUACUUGAAGAGGGCGGGACAGUCGACGCCGUCAUUCACAACGGAGCUUCGGUGCAUUGGCUGAAGAACUACGCAGCUCUGGAGGCAACCAACGUUCGUUCGACGGCGGAGCUGCUGCGGAUUGCAGUAAGAACGCCUCGGAUGAGGUUUACAUAUGUCUCAAGCGCCAGGUACCAAGAUCCUCUUGACGAAGUAGAGGAGGAGGUGGCAACGCAACUUGCUGCCGGCGGCAUUCCCUACAGCCAGACCAAAUUUGUGUCCGAGUCUCUGGUCCGGCGCGCGGCAGCACGCAUGCCCGCUGUGCUCUUGAACGUCGCCGUUGUUGGCCUGGGUCUUGUGAUAGGCACGCCUACUGAAGGCGUUGUGAACUCGGAUGACUACGUCUGGCGAAUGAUUGCGGCCUGUAUCAAAGCCGGCGUGUGCAAUGCUGAUGAUUUGGAUAGGUGGUUUCCCAUUUCAGACGUGGCGCGUGCAGCGAGAAUCAUCAUCGACACGGCGUUGGAGCCCAUGACGAUGCCUGGGCCAGUGAUGCAGGUUACUGGCGGAAUUACCUGGAGAGAUAUAUGGGACAUCGUCAUGGAAAUGGGCUACGCUGUGCAAAGCAGGCCGGCCAAGGAGUGGUUGAUGACUAUUCGCCGAGACAUUGAGGUUGAGCAGGAGAAUCACCCGCUCUGGACGCUGGCACACAUGGUUGAGGGAAGUAUCGAGCAUGCGGAGCAGACGUGGGCAAAUAGCUGGCACGGCAACGAGGCUUCAUCUGUGAGAUUAAAGUGUGCUGUCAAGCGCAGCUUGGAGUUUCUCAGUGACAUUGGAUUCAUCCCAAAGUCUAGUCACGAGAGUCAAGGGAAAGGAAGACAGGGCCUUAGAGGUGCGUUUUCUAGGUCAUAG